AUGUAUAGUAAUUGUUUGAGGCACCGCCCCCAUUUAUCUUUGUGUGUUUUUCUGCUUGUCUGUGUUUUUUACGUUUUUGUCAAGGAGCUUACCACAUACCAUAAAAGUUCUAGUGGAUCAUGUGUUAAUAGUUUGUGGUCCAGAAAUUUGUCAGAACCCAACAAUACUAGAAACAACAAUUUAUUUAAUAAUAAAUUAAAAUCCAAUCCAUAUGAUUCAAAAUUUAGAAACGAUAUAUACACAUCCAGAGGGUCUCAUAAUACUAUGGAAUCCAAAGAGAAAAGCAGUUUAAGAGACGGGGUGUCAAGAAAUAAUGCUAGCGAUGUUUCAAGAAACCAUUUGAGAGAACCUUUAUAUAAACGAUUUGAAAAAAGAAACAAUGAUCCAGAAGAAGAAAGAAAAAGAAGAGAAGAGGAAAAAAAUAAAUUAGAAGAGGAAAGGAAAAAAAGAGAAGAGGAAAGAAAAAGAAGAGAAGAAGAAGAAAGAAAAAGAAGAGAAGAGGAAAAAAAUAAAUUAGAAGAGGAAAGGAAAAAAAGAGAAGAGGAUAGAAAAAGAAGAGAAGAAGAAGGAAGGAAAAGGAGAGAAGAAGAAAGGAAAAAAAGAGAAGAAGAAAUUAAUAGAUUAGAACAAGAAAGAAAACAAAGAGAAGAAGAAAGAAAAAGAAAAGAAGAAGAAGAAAAGAAAAGGAGAGAAGAGGAAAGAAAAAAGAGAGAAGAAGAAAUUAAUAGAUUAGAACAAGAAAGGAAAAAAAGAGAGGAAGAACAAAAUAAGUUGGAAGAAGAAAGAAAAAAAAGAGAGGAAGAACAAAAUAAGUUGGAAGAAGAAAGAAAAAAAAAAGAGGAAGAAAAAAAUAAAUUAGAAGAAGAAAGAAAAAAAAAAGAGGAAGAAAAAUCAAAUGAGUCUGAAAAAUCAAAUGACACAUUUUUAUCCAAUGAUGAUACUAAUUCAAAUGGAAGUACCAAUAUAGAAUCUUCCGAAUUAUUAGGAAAUGAUAUGGAUGAAUAUAGCGAUUCAAAUGAUAUAUCUAGCCUGGAGGAUUUUAAUAAUGAUAUAAAUGAAGCGUUGAAUAUUUUAUCAGAUGAUGAAAUUGAUAAUAUGAUUAAUAACUUAAAUGAUAUUCUUUCAGUUGAAGAGAUGCAGGAUAUAUGGAAUGAAUUAUGUAAGAGUGAAAAGUAUAAAUUUUUAUAUCUUAUAUAUGAUUUAAGAAAAUUAUAUGAAGAAUUAAUAGAUGAUAUUGAUGAUAUUCAAGAAGAGGAAGAAGAAUUAUGGGAAACGUGUGUUUUUGGUGUUGGUAAGAUACAAGUACAAGCAUCUGGAACUUAUAAUGAUUUAUUUAAUAAUUUAUUAAGUGAUGAAGAUGUUUCAAAAGAAGAUUUUAUUGAUUUUAUAAAAGAAUGUAGAAAUAGAUUAUCACUUAUAAGAAGUCAAUUAAAAGAUAAAUGUGAAAAAAAAAUUAGUGAUGGUUUGUCUAAUUAG